AUGCGUUUAUCACUCGAUCGUAUGGGUCGAAAUCGACCUGACUAUGCUCGAGGAGCGACACUCUAUUGCAGGAGGCACCUGAUAGAGCGGGCCCGGAAGUAUUAUGUCCGCGAGGCGGUGACGAAUUAUAUCCAGCUCAGGCACUGGAUAGAAAAUAUGUACAAAGUGGAGCUGGACGACUUCGGCAACGAAGCCAGGAGGAGGGGUAAAUUCGAACCUAAUCGGCCAUUCGUGACACGCCUAUCAGGGGCACCACGCGCUGAGCGCCCGAUUCGAGGGUCGCUGCAGCGCCUUGCGGUCGAGAGAUUAGCCUUUGCCAGACUGACCAACUCCCGACGCUUCAUCCGCACGUUGAUGAGGGAAAGGAAGCUGCUGAGCCACAGGCUGGUCAGGAUGGAAACCAGCCUGCAGGAGCUUGGUUUUGAUGAGCAAUGGGACGGGCUCAGAAAAGCGCUACAAGCGGCGAUGAUACACGGUGUCAAUGAGAUCAGGGCACACCAAAGAGAAGUCGGGCUGGGGGCAGAGGCGUAUGCGAUCAAGAGUAUAAACCAGAGGAGAAACAUGAGGGAGAUGCGAUCUGACAAGUCGAGCAGCAGCGAUGUCGAAAAGAACGAUGCCACGAGGGGCAAGCUUGUGUGUGCCGUUUGCCAUCCGGAGGCACAGGCGCAGCAGAGCAGCAGACCAUGGGCUCCACGAUGGUGGAUAGCGAUGUUGAGGAGUCUUUACCAGAGCAGGGCGGACAUCGGUACGGUUGACAGGGCGCUAAUAAAUGAUGCAGAGGCACGGCUAUGUGUCGUACGUGGGAUAGUGAUGGUGGUUAUCUUCCGCGACGGCGAGAGACCGCAUUUUCUCGUGCUGGAUAUGGAACUACUCAAAGGGUUCGGUUCCCGCGUUAUAACCAGAUCGAAGCCCAAGGUCAAGCCCAGCACUGGCCUUAGGGCGAAGACGGAGAAGCAGGCAAGAGCAUCAUUGAAACGAAAGAGACAGCAGCAAAAUGACGGGAACGAACACGAGUUUCCGAAGCGAAGGCGAGGUUCGUCGUUGAGCCUGGGUUGA